UACGCAUACAUUGUAUAUACCGAAUUAAUCCCUAGCUACGAUCGGUGUCGCGAACUCUCCAACCCGAACUUGAAUCAACCUCCCGUCCACGAAAACGGAUCUUCCCCGAAUGGCACCUAUCCCUUCUCCUUAAGCUCGGCGAACCAUGAGCUCCUUAGUCUUUCUGGUGUCCUCUCUCGAGGCCAUCGCGGCUUCAAAAGAAGCGCAGAGGAACAAACAGCUCGCCGAGCUUACCGAGAAGGCCAUCAAGGCUAUCAAAGAAGGGGGAUCUGAACUGCCUGACCCUCAAGUCGUCUUCGCACCUCUGCAACUAGCAACUAAAACUGGUAGUAGUCAACUGAUCAACACUGCCCUUGACUGCAUACAAAAACUUAUAUCUUCAUCGUAUUUCUCCGUCAUUACGAGUCCCACCCAAGAAGAUGAAGCCGAACAAGCCUCCAUGAUAGACCGUGCCAUUGACACGAUAUGCGAUUGUUUUCAAGGAGAGACCACUGCCGUCGAUGUGCAGCGACAUAUUGUCCAGGCGCUUCUAUCCGCGGUGUUGAAUGAUAAGAUCGUUGUUCACGGAGCUGGGUUGCUGAAGGCGGUGCGCCAAGUAUAUAAUGUAUUCCUCCUUUCCAGAAGUGCCGAGAACCAGCAGGCCGCCCAGGGAACCCUUACACAGAUGGUCGGCAUGGUAUUUGAGCGGGUAAAGACAAGGCUUCACAUGAAAGAAGCGCGGACGGAUUUAGGGAAGCUUAAGCAUAGCUCUAGUAAUGUCACUUUCGACCAGACAGAAUCGGCUAUUAACGGACAUGGCGGUACCGCUGAAGAUGAGGACAGUCCCGAUGAUUCGUCUGGGCCUCAUCUUCCGGACAUCGCACGUUCCGAAUCGACGACUGAAGUAGGCGGCAAAUUGACCUUGAAAGAUCUCGAGAGCCGAAAGAGUUUCGACGAUUCGAACCUGGGCGACGGUCCAACAAUGGUAACUCAGCUAAAGCCACCCAAGAAGACGAAAAGGAGGGUUUCUGAGCAGACGCAAAGCGACACUGCUCCCGAUGCAGAAGAAACUGCUGAGUCUCUCGACGCCGAGGACGAGGUUUAUAUUCGGGAUGCAUACCUUGUCUUCCGCUCGUUCUGUAACUUGUCUACUAAAGUUCUUCCGCCAGAUCAGCUGUACGAUUAUCGAGGUCAACAUAUGCGCUCUAAACUCAUAUCAUUGCAUCUCAUCCGUACCCUUUUGAACAACCACAUGCUCGUUUUUACUUCGCCUCUGUGUACUAUAACUAACACGAAAAGUAACGAGUCGACGAGUUUCCUUCAGGCUAUUAAAUUCUAUCUCUGCCUGAGCAUUACUAGAAAUGGAGCUAGCUCAGUUGAUAAAGUGUUCGAAGUGUGUUGCGAGAUAUUCUGGCUGAUGUCCAAAUUCAUGCGAGCACUGUUCAAGAAAGAGAUUGAGGUCUUCCUCAAUGAGAUAUACUUAGCACUUUUGGCUAGGCGGACGGCGCCUCCUUCCCAAAAGCUCUACUUCAUCAACAUUUUGACCAGGUUUUGUGGUGAUCCUCGAGGACUUGUGGAGAUAUAUCUCAAUUAUGACUGCGACUCUCACGUCGAUAACAUUUUCCAAACUAUCAUAGAGGAUUUGUCAAGGCUUGCAAUCAACCCCGUAUCGGUCACUGCAGCUCAAGAGCAACUAUAUGAGGAGAAGAACUCGAAUUCGACACCACAUACCGGCUCAGAUUGGCAACUAAAAGGAAUGCUGCCACCACCAUUGAAUGUGAGAGAUAUCGUGCCUCCUGCUGAACCAGAACUUGAGAUACCCCGAGAGUACGUGAUUAAGAGGACAGCCUUGGACUCGCUUGUUGAGGCAUUACGGUCACUGGUCAAUUGGUCUGCUGUUGCACGUCCGGAUGUCAAUGGAGCCUCCCAUGACAGCGAUACUCGCGCUUCCGUAGAUGAUAUUCGCGAGUCUAUCGACCCCUCAGCCGCCGACAGUACUUCUCGUCUUGAUACUCCUCUCCCGUCCACACCCGUCGUUGACGACGACCCCGACCAAUUAGAAAAAGAAAAGGCCCGGAAGACGGCUUUAGCCAAUGCCAUCCGUCAAUUCAAUUUCAAGCCGAAGAAGGGGAUCAGACUUUUAAUCCAGGAAGGAUUCAUUCCGAGUGAUAGCCCUGAGGAUAUAGCCAAGUUUUUGAUCUCGGAUGAUCGACUCGACAAAGCGCAGAUUGGCGAGUAUCUUGGCGAAGGCGAGCCGAAGAAUAUCGAAAUCAUGCAUGCAUUCGUGGACACCAUGGAAUUCACUAAGAGGCGUUUCGUCGAUGCCUUGCGACAAUUCCUCCAGUCCUUCCGUCUUCCCGGAGAAGCUCAGAAGAUCGAUCGAUUCAUGUUAAAGUUUGCUAACCGUUAUGUGAUGGGUAAUCCGAAUGCGUUUGCUAACGCUGACACGGCCUAUGUCCUCGCUUACUCGGUGAUUUUGCUGAACACGGAUCUUCAUAGCAGCAAAAUCGCUAGGCGUAUGACUAAAGAAGACUUCAUCAAGAAUAACAGGGGUAUCAACGACAACGCCGAUCUACCAGAUGAGUACCUGAUUGGCAUUUACGAUGAGAUUGCUAGCAACGAGAUUGUUCUUAAGAGUGAGAGGGAGGCGGCGGCUGCUGCAGGCAAUAUACCUGCCCAGUCGUCUGGUUUUGCUGCCGGCUUAGGCCAGGCUCUAUCAAAUGUUGGAAGAGACCUCCAGCGAGAAGCCUAUGUGCAACAAUCUGAGGAAAUAUCUCUUCGCUCAGAGCAGCUUUUCAAGAACCUGUUCAAGAAUCAACGGAAGAAUGCUGCCAAAGCUGGAAUCAAGUACAUCCCGGCGACCUCGUUCAAACAUGUCGGCCCUAUGUUUGAUGUCACCUGGAUGUCGUUCUUCUCAGCAUUUUCAAACCAAAUGCAAAAAGCUCAAAACUUGGAAGUAAACAAAUUGUGUCUAGAGGGAAUGAAGCAAGCCAUAAAAAUUGCAUGUCUCUUCGACCUAUCCACCCCGCGAGAAGCAUUCAUGUCUGCCCUAAAGAACACUACCAAUCUAAACAACCCUCAACAAAUUCUCGCCAAAAAUGUCGAAGCCCUGCGAGUUAUCCUGGAACUAGGCCAGACGGAAGGCAAUUAUUUGAAAGAGUCUUGGAAGGAUAUCCUCAUGUGUAUAAGUCAAUUGGACCGAUUACAACUCAUUACUGGUGGUGUCGAUGAAGGGGCUAUUCCUGACGUUUCUAAGGCUCGCUUCAUGCCGCCAGAGCGGACAAAUACGAGCGAAUCGCGCAAGUCUUCGGUAUCCACGCGACGAAGAAACCGGUCGAAUCCAGGUGCGAGAGGUUUCUCCAUGGAAAUCGCACUUGAAAGCAGGUCCGACGAAGUCAUCAAAAGCGUGGACAGGAUUUUCAGCAAUACCGCGAAUCUUAACGGUGAAGCCAUUGUACAUUUUGCCAAGGCAUUGACUGAGGUGAGUUGGGACGAGAUUAAAGUGUCUGGUUCCAACGACUCCCCACGAACGUACAGCUUGCAGAAGAUUGUUGAGAUCAGUUAUUACAACAUGACCCGUGUCCGUUUUGAAUGGAGUAGCAUCUGGGCUGUGCUCGGCGAGCAUUUCAACAAGGUCGGAUGCCACAACAAUACGGCGAUCGUGUACUUCGCACUUGAUUCGCUGAGACAGCUAUCAAUGCGCUUCAUGGAACUUGAAGAACUUCCCGGUUUCAAGUUUCAGAAGGAUUUCCUCAAACCUUUUGAGCAUGUCAUUGCCAACUCGAAUAACUUGACCGUCAAGGAUAUGGCAUUGCGAUGCCUGAUCCAAAUGAUCCAAGCACGCGGUGAGAAUAUUCGGUCUGGUUGGAGGACGAUGUUUGGCGUCUUCACAGUUGCCGCGCGAGACCCUAACGAGACGAUCGUGAACUUAGCGUAUGAGAACGUUACCCUUGUUUAUAAGACGCGGUUUGGCGUUGUAAUUUCUCAGGGCGCUUUUACAGACUUAAUCGUCUGUCUUACUGAAUUCUCGAAGAACAUCAAGUUUCAGAAGAAGAGUCUUCAAGCAAUGGAGACGCUGAAAUCGAUAAUACCAAAGAUGCUUAAGACUCCCGAAUGUCCGUUGUCUCAAAAGAACAAUUCGACACCUGCUCCAGACGGUGCAACCUUGAAAUCGCCGGACACCCUAUCCAGGCAACAAACUGGAACCUCGAUCGAAGAGGGUUUCUGGUUCCCGAUUCUAUUCGCAUUCCACGACGUACUGAUGACAGGGGAGGACUUGGAGGUUCGAUCCAACGCUCUGAACUAUUUCUUCGAGGCUUUACUUCGAUAUGGUGGUGAUUUCCCAUCUGAUUUCUGGGACAUCUUAUGGAGACAACAACUUUACCCCAUCUUCAUGGUUCUGCGAUCUAGGCCUGAGAUGUCCAACGCUCUCAAUCACGAGGAAUUGUCUGUGUGGCUGUCAACCACCAUGAUCCAAGCGCUUCGUAAUAUGAUCAUCCUUUUUACUCAUUACUUUGAUGCGCUUGAGUAUAUGUUGGAUCGUUUCCUCGAACUGUUGGCGCUCUGUAUAUGCCAAGAAAACGACACGAUCGCAAGGAUAGGCAGCAACUGUCUGCAACAGCUCAUCCUGCAGAAUGUGACUAAAUUUACUGAUGGUCACUGGGCCCAAAUUGUCGGGGCAUUCUGCGAGCUGUUUGAAAGGACAACGGCUUACCAGCUUUUCUCAGCUGCUACCAUCAACGCUCCAGCCGCCCUAUCGCCACCACCUAAUAGUUUAGGAUUCGAAGUACCUCUCACUCCUACCAGCGACACACACGUAGAUGAAAAGUCAUUAAAAAUUAAUGGUACUGAUAAGGGUAGCAUUUCCUCUGGAACCGACGCUGCUUCAGCUACCACUGCUCAAACCUCCAUCAUGGAAGAUCCCACUCGCCCAACGAACGGCAUCGGAUCCAGCCGCCUCGAAGAUUAUAAACCUGCUUCAUCACUUCAGCAGCAACCUGUAGUAGUGACGGCAGCCCGAAGGCGCUUUUUCAAUCGUAUUAUCUCGCGUUGCGUCCUGCAACUCUUGAUGAUAGAAACCGUCAACGAGCUCUUCUCCAACGACGCGGUCUAUGCACAAAUUCCCUCAACAGAGCUACUACGUCUGAUGGCACUACUCAAGAAGUCAUUCCUUUUUGCCAGACGUUUCAACGAGGAUAAGGACCUCCGUAUGCGCCUCUGGCGGGAAGGCUUCAUGAAACAACCACCCAAUCUCCUCAAGCAAGAGAGCGGCUCCGCGGCCACCUACAUCCAAAUCUUAUUCCGAAUGUUUGCGGAUACGUCGCCAUCCCGCGCAGAAAGUCGUCCCGAGGUGGAGAAAGCUCUCGUCCCUCUAUGUAAGGAUGUCAUCAGAGGCUACCUCGCGCUUGAAGAAGAGUCGCAGCAACGAAAUAUUGUAGCAUGGCGGCCGGUGGUCGUCGACGUAUUGGAGGGCUACUCUACCUGGCCGGAAAAGGAGUUUGGCGAACAUAUUCACGCAUUCUACCCGCUCGUUGUCGAGCUGCUCGGUAAAGAACUUAGCGCUGACCUGAGAGGUGCCUUACUUGCCGUCCUAAGGAAGGUUGGUGAAGUUGGUCUUGGGAUCGAGGGUAUGACUGGCGGGCGGCGAGAGAGUGUUACCAGUGUGAACAUUAGUGCGGAGGGUCCGACCGCGGAGCUGGAGGUAGGCGAAGUUGGUAUGGGUGGGAUGAGAGCAUGAGAUGGCGAAUUGAUUUCACGGCCCCAAGCCUGAUUUCCACAUGGCACUUCGUUGUCUUCUGGAACAGGACAUAAGCAAAACCACGGCGAGUAUUGAUUUACUUUCAAAGGGGCAUUGGAACGAAAAUGGACGCGAUUAAUAGAGACUACGGUCAAAUUUGGUGUUUAGGGGGUUCAUUGCCACGAGCUCUUGUACGAUACACUUCUUUCUUGACGUAUCGCGUCUAUGCUUACGCACGGUUUAGUAUUAGGCGCAUUGUACAAUUGAAUCAUUUCACUUGCAAAGAAAAGGAGUACCUCGUAAAGUGGGCCUUCCUGGGUACUCCGAGUCCCCCGUCGCUGAAUAUUAGAUAGAAUAAAAAUCGAGUUACCGAGCCAGGACUAUCCUGAUGAGGCUGCUGUGGUCUUCUGUAUCUAUAGAUAACAUCGCGCAUAUCCAAACAGCGGAUAUCCAUCUAUCUGAAAGGGUCUUAUGUCGCAUUGAUCACUGAACAAGCUUUAUCUCCUAUUAAGUAAACGGGUACCGCUCCUGACAAGCCCCACUUGCAUUCGGG